UAGAGGAUGAUGAUAGUGGAUAUAAAUGCCAAGUUAUUGCAAAUAAUGCUUCUGAUCUUGAUUACUCUCAAUUAAUAGAUAAUGUUGGUGAUGGUAUAAGUGGUGAAGAUGUGUCUUUGGCAUUAUUAAAUACAAUGCAUAACUUAGAAAAUACUAUUGAUUUUAUUUUUUCAGUAGAUAUAUUAAAUAAUCUAGUUAUAUAUCUAGAAUGGGCUAUUUUUUCUUCACUAAACUUAAAAGUAAAUUUGAUUAACAAUACAGUUUUACAAUGA